AGUACUGAUUUUGAAGUUAGCCUAAGUAACUUCAAAAUGAAUCGUUACACGUGUGUAAUUUGCUGUGUAAUAAAAAUGUUUAAUUAAUUUAGAACAAUAUUUUGCAAACUGUUAACUUAUUGCAUUUUCAAAGACUAACUUUGUUGUCAUGUUUUCAGUUAUAUAAUGUAUUAUAGUGCUGGUAGUUGCACGAGCUAUUAUGCUAUUACAUAUUCGACGGACUUCACUUUAUGACCUCGAAGAACUCAGUAUAAUACACAAUAACACUCCAGAAUUAUAAUUAAAAGCAAUGUAACUGUGUUUAUGGUUUAAUAGAAGCAGUUAGGACGUACGUACUAUGAUAGAAAAACGCAAGACUGCCAUUUUGUUGCAAGGCUACUCAACAGUUUCGGUUUCUCUCUCUCUCUCUCUCUCGCUCUCUCUCUCACACACACACACACACACACACACACACACACACACACACACACAGAGCAACGAACUUUUACAUUUAGACUCAGUAAACACAGGGUGGAGUUUGCUGUGUCCGCGUUACUCAUAGCGUCAUAUUUGCCAGUCACUACAGCAUUUCUCUGCGACACAUUCUGUGGUAUUUAUUCUCCUGUGUAAAGACGGCUUUCACCCAUUCAGCAUUAUCAUGGCAUCCCAGUUUGGAAUAAGUGAAGGAGAGAUGAAUGAGAUGAACAGCGUUCUGAACUCCCGCGUGGUCACUGAUGUUGUGGCACAAGUGGAAGGCAUGCUUGCACAGAUGAAAUCUGUGACUUUGAACAUUGCAGUUACAGGAGAGUCAGGUGCAGGCAAGUCUUCUUUCAUCAAUGCUUUCCGUGGGGUUUCUGAUGAUGAACCUGAAGCAGCAGAGACAAGUGUAACAGAAACCACUCAGCAGGCCUUAGCAUAUUCUCAUCCCACUGCUAGUAACAUCUUGCUGUGGGACCUGCCAGGGAUUGGGACUCCCACUUUUCAGCCUGGAACCUACCUGGAGGAUGUUGGCCUACUAAAAUAUGACUUCUUCAUCAUUGUCACAUCUGACCGGUUUCAAGAGUACCAUUCUGCACUGGCUAAAUAUAUAAUGCAAGCUCAAAAGAAGUUUUAUUUCAUUAGGAACAAAGUGGAUCGAGAUUUGGAGGCAAAUGCUAGGCGCAGGAGUCAGAGAGGUUUGUCAGAUGAUGAUGUCUUGGACCUCCUUCGUGUAAACUGUGAAAAGAAUCUGAGAAAUGGUCAGGUGGAACAACCACAGGUUUUCCUGCUCUCCUGCUUUCACCCACAGCACUAUGACUUCCCUGCACUCCAGAUGACCUUGCUAGAGGAGCUGGAGGGACACAAGAGUCAUGCCCUGCUCUUGUCACUACCCAACCUCAGUGCAUCAUUAAUACAAAGCAAACGGAAGGCACUAGAUCAAGAUGUGUGGAAGAAAGCAGUCGUGGCAUGCUUGAGCAGUGUCACGAGGGGUGCCACUCCCAAUCCCAUUGUUCCCAAACUGAUGGAAACUUUAAAAUAUUAUCAGCAAACAUUCUGUCUUGAUGCAAAAUCUCUUCAUCGAUUAGCUAAUUUAACAGGCAUAUCAUUUGAGAAACUUCAGAGUGAGGUAACCUCCACCUUUGGCAGAGAGCUGUCAGCACAGGCAGUGGAACACUUGCUAAGUCAGGUAGCUUCAGGACAUCAACUCCUGGCUAGUCAGCUGGAGAACAGAGUCCCAAUUCUGGGCUCUGUCAUUGCAGGAGGGAUUUCCUUUGUGGCGAUCUACUUCCUGCUGAAAUCUGCCUUAAAGGAUUUGAGUGAAGAUGGAGAAAGAGUGAUACAAAAAUAUUUUGAGUCUAAACACAGGGAUUAACAUGAAUACAUGGAUAACAUGGAUUGUUUUAUUGAAAAACAUCAUUCUUUUGUCUAAAAUGUCUGAAUAAUGUUCUCUGAUGCUAAAUUACAUAAAAUUAGAUCUCUGUUGGCUCUUACUGAAAUGCAUAGUUCUGCUGUUCAAGUGCAGUAUUGUUAGAAGCAUGAAAUUAGAUUUUUGCUUCAUAAUACUACCAUUCAACAUUCUCCUUAUCUAUCUCUUGUGGCUAUGCACUAUAAUGGUAUGCAUUAAUAAAAAUGUUGCUUAACUGUUGCAAUCAAUAAAUAUUAAUUUGAAC